AUGAGCCCCUCCGAGCACCCCACCAAAACAACAUACCACCUCUACACCUUCUAUGCCUCUUCGUGCGCAGCCCGCCUGCGCAUAGCAUUCAAUCUUAAGAAUCUCUCCUACACCCCCCAUUACCGAGAUAUGGGCAAGAAAGACCACGAGUCCGACGAAUAUCGUAAAAUGAACCCUAGCGCAUCAAUCCCAACAUUAGUGAUCGAGACAGAGGGGAAAGAACCAUUCACCAUCGGUCAAAGCGUCGCAAUCCUGGAGUACCUAGAAGAACUACACCCAACCCAAACGCCGCUCCUCCCACCCCCUUCCGAUCCAGAAGCCAGAUCUCGCGUAAGAGAGCUCAUGUACAUCGUAUCAUCCGACAUCUUCCCGCCGACAAACUCGCGCAUCGCGCAGAUGGUUAAGGGGAUGAGAGGCGAGCGCGAAGACGCCAUAACCUUCGUGAAGACAAUAAUGACCCGUGGUUUCACCGCCUACGAGGCCCUUCUUUCUACUUACUUCCCCAACGCAAGGUAUUCCGCUGGCGAGGAGAUAACGCUCGCAGACGUAGUCCUCAUCCCGCAAGUCGAGCAAGCGCGCUUCUACGGCGUGAAUUUUGCGCAAUGGCCGCUGCUAAACGGAGUCAUUACGCGACUAGAAGAGCUAGAUGCGUUCAAGCAAGCCGGGUGGAGGUCACAGGGGGAUACGCCCGAGGAGGAUAGGGUGAGCGUGACUCGAGAAGAGGAGAGGGGAAAUGGGCUUGGGGCAAAGGCAUGA